CUCUGCAAAAUGAGAGUAAGAUGACGCCUUCCUGGACCCGUCUCUCUAAAAGCUGAGUUAUUAGAUGUUUCUGGGUGUUAGGGAGACAAACACCUAAGAAUUAGAAGCAUUUUUUCCUCAGUCUCUCACUGAGGCUUUGCUGCACCCUUGAGCCCUAGUGGCUGCUCCCAGGUCAACAGUAAUACACUUUCCCUCAUUGGUGACUUCAUUAAUGCAUCUCAGAGGCCAGGCUGGUUAGGCUGUUUUUGCAGUACUUUCAUCACAGCUCAGCCAGUCACUAGAAAUCAGCUUUCGAAACUGAAAAGCCUCUUCAGCCAGAGCCUCCCCCGGCCCCCUCCUUUCCUGCCCCCAGGAACUCGGCUUCCCCAAAGUGAGCUCCUGCCACACCCUGACAGGCUGUGCCCUGAUUCGUCCCUUAGCGUCAUGGGGUAUCAACUUCUCUGCAAUUACCCAAACUUACCAAAUUAUGACUGGAGAGGGCUGGGGUGGGGCGGUGUGGGUGGCGGGAGUCUGUUGCAGAUCCGCAUCUGGAGCCAGGAGGCCCCACCCUCCUCAGAGCCAGGUCCAGGAUCCCUGUGGGCCUCUCUCUUUUAUUAUUUUGGCGGGCGUUGAGAAGUUAAUCUUUCUCUAUUGGAGCAGCUUCCCUUUUUUUUCACCCUGGGAGAACGCCAACAGGAGUCCUCCAGUUGCCGUGAAGUCUGCCAUGACCAGCUGUGAGCACCCCGACUUCCUGCAGCAGGAUGAUAACAUGCUCAACUCCCAAGAUGAUGGCCGAGGCAAGAAGAAGGAUGGUCAGCCCGGGAGUCCCAGCAGCAGCCACCUGGCCUAUGGCAUCUUGGACGUCCCACCAUGGUAUCUCUGCAUCCUCUUGGGGAUCCAGCACUUCCUUACGGCCCUGGGGGGGCUCGUGGCAGUGCCGCUCAUCCUGGCCAAGGACCUGUGUCUGCAGCACGACCCCCUGACCAAGAGCUACCUCAUCAGCACCAUGUUCUUUGUCUCUGGCAUCUGUACUCUCCUGCAAGUCUUUUUCGGAGUCAGGCUGCCCAUUCUCCAGGGAGGGUCAUUUGGUUUUGUGGCGCCCUCCCUGGCCAUGCUUUCCCUUCCUGCCUGGAAAUGCCCCGAAUGGACACUCAAUGCCAGCCAGGUGAAUGCCAGCUCUCCUGAAUUCACCGAGGAAUGGCAGAAGAGGAUCCGAGAGUUGCAGGGUGCCAUCAUGGUCGCUUCCUGUGUCCAGAUUCUAGUGGGCUUCUCAGGCCUCAUUGGCUUCCUCAUGCGCUUCAUUGGCCCCUUGACCAUUGCUCCGACCAUCUCCCUGGUGGCCCUGCCUCUCUUCGAUUCUGCGGGCAAUAAUGCCGGGACCCACUGGGGGGUUGCUGCCAUGACCAUCUUCCUCAUCGUGCUGUUUUCUCAGUACCUGAAAAACGUCGCAGUGCCCAUACCCAUUUAUGGACGAGAGAAGAAGGGUCACACCUCGAAGUUCUACCUGUUUCAGGUCUUCCCUGUGCUGCUGGCGCUCUGCAUCUCAUGGCUCCUCUGCUUCGUGCUCACAGUCACCAAUGCCCUCCCCAAGGACCCCACAGCCUAUGGGUACCAGGCCCGCACCAACACUGAAGCCAAUGUCCUCAGCCAGGCGCCUUGGUUUCGCUUUCCUUACCCAGGACAGUGGGGCCUGCCCACCAUCAGCCCGGCUGGGGUCUUUGGGAUCAUGGCAGGGGUGAUCUCCUCGAUGGUGGAGUCAGUAGGCGAUUAUUAUGCCUGUGCCCGGCUGGUGGGGGCCCCACCCCCUCCGAAGCACGCCAUCAACCGUGGCAUCGGCAUUGAGGGCCUUGGCUGCCUGCUGGCAGGGGCCUGGGGGUCAGGGAACGGCACCACCUCCUACAGCGAGAAUGUCGGGGCUCUGGGGAUCACCAAGGUGGGGAGCAGGAUGGUGAUUGUCGCUGCAGGCUGCGUACUGCUCGUGAUGGGAGUAUUUGGGAAGAUUGGGGCUGCAUUUGCAACCAUCCCAACACCUGUGAUUGGAGGCAUGUUCCUGGUGAUGUUCGGGGUCAUCGCUGCUGUGGGGAUUUCCAGUCUGCAGUACGUGGACAUGAACUCGUCCAGGAACAUUUUUGUCUUUGGCUUCUCCAUCUUCUGUGGGCUUACCGUUCCCAACUGGGUGAACAAGAACCCUGAGAUGCUCCAAACAGGGAUUCUCCAACUGGACCAGGUCUUCCAGGUGCUGCUGACCACAAGCAUGUUUGUAGGUGGAUUUCUGGGCUUUCUACUGGACAACACCAUCCCAGGAAGUCCAGAGGAGAGAGGCCUCCUGACAUGGAAUCAAAUCCACGAGGAGUCUGAGGAGACUGCGAAGGUGUCAGAGGUCUACGGCCUCCCCUGUGGGAUUGGCACAAAGUUCUGCACUUCCUCCUAUACCCGGUACCUCCCCUUCUGUCCCAGACCGGAACAUCAUGAGAAAGCUCCAUCGACAAACCUUCAGAUUCUCUCAGUAUAGGCAAUGGGGAUAAUUCCCAGCUGAUAUCCAACAGUGAUAAGCCCUCACCACCACCUGGUAUAUCCAAAUCCAAUCCAGUCCUCCCCAUCAGUUCAUCCAAUCACAGUGCACGGUCUCCUUUUGAAGGGGCAGUAACUGAGUCACAGUCGUUAUUCUCAGACAACUUCCGCCAUCCCAACCCGAUCCCCAGUGGGCUUCCUCCUUUCCCCAGCUCCCCACAGACAUCCAGUGACUGGCCUACAGCACCAGAGCCGCAGAGCCUCUUCACAUCGG